CACUUAGAAGGUACGAUGGAUAAGAUAGAGUCCGACUCCUCUCCCUAUAAAAACCCUAGCUCGUCUAGAAGAAAGCUUCCUUCUCGUUCAAUCCAGUAUAUUGCCAAGAAAAUUGAAGAGUAAAAUUAGUUAUUUUUAGUUAUUAUGUAGCACCAUAUCACUUGAUACAAAAAGAUAAAUAAGAAAAAAGUUAUCCACAUUUACAGGCUGUUUGUCGGAGACGAACUGAAGAUAUCAAUUAAUGCCUUAGGACAUCAUGGGUUGAUUGUGUUAAUGUUCUUUGUUUACGCCUUGUUAAAUAAUUGUUCAGGUGCUUAAGGUGGAGGUUUAGACAAUGGUGUUGUUGACUCAUCAAUUGCAGGAUUCACAUAUAUCAUUUCCAUCAAGGCCUUUAUCAAGGGGGAAAGGUUUGACAUUAAAGCGACAUGUAGUUACAGUUCAUAUGCUUGGGAGAAGAGAGAGGGGCAUAUCAAGGCACUCUGUUUGUUCAAGUAUAGGGGCUCCUCAUACCUGUGGUUCAAAAGUAAAAAAUGUUGGAAUUUCAACCUUCAAAGGCAGUGGUCAGAAUAAUGAAUCGAGAGGCAGAACAAAUAAUGCAUUUCUUUCCAAGAAUACUAUUAAAGUUUCUUAUGUGCCAAAAGACAGGGAAGAGACCAUGAUAGAAUCUUCAAAUGUUCAUAAUGUUCCACUUGCCUAUGCCUCGGAAACAAGUGAGAACCAUUUGGGGUCCCCUGCUAUUCAGAAAUUAUUCAAGAAAUGGAUAAUGAUAUUGCUCUCACAAUCCCCACAUCAAGUGAUGGAUGAAGUUAUGGGAGUUGGACCUCCCCCAAGGGACACAUCAGAAACUCAAAUUGGCACCCAAAGCAAUGGAAAAAGCGAGAUCCUAAAGAUGGUUUGGAGCCAUUUCUGGGAUAUGGAUGUAACCAUUAAAUUACCCAUAUUAUUAUUUAUUCCAUUGUACAUGGCUGUCAGUUUGAUUUAUGGGGCUGAAGUUUCAAAGGAGUUAACUCCUCUAUGGGUAUUUGGGCCUCUAAUUGUGGCUCUUUACAUCAGGAUUCUCAGAGGGUUGUGUGCACUCUAUGUUUUGUGCUUGAAGCAGACACUUCAAAUUGUUGGGAACUUACCGACUUAUUACGUCGUGGCUUAUAAUUAUAUUGCACAUGGAAAGCUGAAGGAAGAAGUAAGAGCUCGUGUGUGGCAACCAGUGGUAAACAUAAAGAACUUGGACUACAAGGAGCUAUCUAGAAGAAAGAUGAAAGAUUUCCAAGAGUGGAUGAUGGAGAAUUAUGUGGACAUUGUGGAAUCGGUAUGGCCAUAUUAUUGCAGAACCAUCAGAUUUCUGAAGAGGGCUAACAUCAUUUAGGAUUUGGAUUCUGAUACGAGAUAAGUCUUAGGUGAGAUGAAAAGAGUGACAUUCAAGUUCAACCUCGAAAAUAUUUGAAAUUUUGGAACAGAGCUAGCAAUUAUGAUGAUGAUGAUGAUGUAGAGAACUGGUUUUGUUAAAGCUCAACUCAAGGCUGUUUUAUUUUUGCUUGUAUUUUGAUAUACAUGGUGAUGUUAUGUAGUAGAAGGUGGUUUGCUUUUGCGUGGGAUGGUUCAUUCCUUGUAACAGCUUCUUAUCCGUUUUUCUUCUGGUUCGGAGUUGUAUACAGUCAUUUUAACUUGAAAUUUCCUAGAUUUUGCCAAUCAUUUUGAAAAUAGAGGCAAACACCCAAAA